AAACACUUUGAUCUAUAAUAUGUAUAGCAGAUGCGUAUCUCAAGGAAGCAGAAUUUGUAAUAAAAGGAAAUGAACACUUUAAAAUACAUUGAUAAUAAAGAAAUAAUAAUCAAGAUUCUUCAUUUGGCUAUAGAUUACCUGAUUGGCAAUUUUAAUGACGAACAAACUCUUCGUUCGUCACACAAGUAUGGAUUUCAAAAUGCUGAUGAAUUUUUGUUGGUCAUACGAAUCAUGUCAAAGUUUUACAAGGAUAUUUUAGAAAAAAGUGAAAAACUAACGCAGUUUUCCUGCAUUAGCCCUGAAAUGAGCAGGCUUGCACAUCUUGUGCUAUCAGCACGAUGUUCUGAGUUAAAAAAGCAUAUUGAGCGUUGGGAGUACUUGCAAAAUACGAAUGUCAUAGAAUCAUUUGGAUGGAACACACGGUUAAUAUUAGGAGACAGCUGCUUUGGAAAAAAUGUACAUCAAUUAAUAACUUUGGAUUUGCGAUACCGUCACAUAAAUUAUCAAAAAGAACUUUUUUUCGAAAUGAAUAAUGUAAUAUUAAACGACUUUAUAUAUUUACUUGAAAAAGUACUAGCCAGAUAACAAUCCUAAUUGAACACAUACUAUGGUUCUUGAAAACUCCUAUUUGUUAAAAGUUGUAUUUUAUGGAAUCUACAGAUAUAAUGAUUUUUGUCAAUUUCUAGCAGUGAAGUAAACAUUUCACAAUAUUAUCUACAAAUUAAAA